UGCAGUGCCGACAAAAGACCAAAAGGCAAAGACGAUAGCAAAAGCUUUGUGGGACCACCUUAUCAUCCCUUAUGGGAUCCCUAGCCGGCUGCUUAGUGACCAAGGCAGGGAUUUUGAAUCUAAGCUCCUAAAAGAACUUUGCACAUUGAUUGGGACGAGUAAAAUCCGCACUACUCCUUACCAUCCCCGGGGAAAUCCGGUGGAACGGUACAACCGGACACUUCUGGACAUGUUAGGAACGCUGGAAGACAAAGACAAGCAACACUGGAGAGACUUUGUUAGGCCAUUAACACACGCCUAUAACUGUACCAAAAAUGAUACGACGGGGUAUUCCCCUUAUGAACUUAUGUUUGGCAGGCAGCCAAGGUUGCCAAUCGACCUCAUCUUUGGAACUCAACCUGGCAAACCUGGUCCAAAGUCAUACUCCAACUAUGUCAAAACUCUUCGCCAAAAUCUUUCAGAGAGUUACGCCCUUGCCAUUGAACAUUCUAAGGAAAUGGGUUACAAAAACAAGAUGCGGUUUGACAAAAAGAUCAGAGCUGCUGAACUGUUUUCAGGUGAUAAAGUUUUAGUACGAAACGUCAACAUAAGAGGGAAACACAAACUAGCUAACCGGUGGGAGCAAAACAUCUAUAUUGUUGUCAAGCGAAUCAAAGACAGUCCUGUGUAUGUAGUCAAACCAGGAAAUGGAGAUGGCCCUACCCGUACAUUGCAUAGAGAUUUGCUUCUCCCUUGCGGGUUCUUACCUGUUGAAGACCAUGCAGGAACUGACAUUCAAAAUGGCAAUCAGAGGAAAAUGAGAACCAGGAGUAAAGUGAACAAUGCAGAAACAAGUGACCAUAUUGGAGAGUACAGUGAGGAUGAAAUAAGUGAUGAGGAGGACUUAGGUUUCACUACAUGGGAGCCAGAAGUCAUUACUAGAGGCCCUUAUGUUCAAACUGAACUGAAUCCUCCAAAUGCACAGUCGCUCGCAGACAGUCAUCCCCUGGUAUCAUCUGCUGAUAAUGGGAUUCCACAAAACUCCUUACUGAAUACAGAUACCUCUAUUCCACUUGAAGCACCGAGUGCAUGCAGUACUGAUUCUGGCCAUUUAGACGUUGGGUCUUCAGACCAUGUUGUUAUUGACAUUCCUGAAACUGACUUUGAACCUACCUUGACUGACACAGACCUCACUCCAAAGAAAUGUGUAGUUAGUACUGACAAUGCUGUUAGUACUGAAACUAGUGAUAGAGAGCCAGUAAAUUUGAGGCGUUCAAAUAGAGAGCGACGUCCACCUCAGAAGUUGACUUAUGAUGAGUUAGGAGAGCCACUGACUUUGGCCAUUAGCUCAUUUUUUCAAACAUUAGGAGUUGCAUUCUCCAAAGCAGUCUUGUCACCUCAACAAGGUUCCAGUUGGUUCAAUGAGCAUGAAGGGACUCAUGCGGUCUAGAGGGGGAGAAUGUAACCCAUGGUUAUUUUGUCAUCAGUGUACAUGUAUGUUUUUUUUCAAAUCGUAAGAAAAGGGGGUAAUGAAGUUAAGUACUAAGAUUUCCCACGCACUGUGAAUGCACCGCACCUGCACAGUUGCGCUGCUCACAGCUCCUCCCUGCUCAGACCAAACGCACUUUCUUCCAUGGCAUCUAUCUGCAUAGAGCAAGAGGCACCAGAUGUUGUAGGAGUUCAGUCCUGAAAUCCGUUGAGCUGAG